AUGGGAUUAGCAGGUCCGUUGAACACGAGACUUCGCGUCGGUAUCUCUCGUGAGCGAGAAAGCAGUAACAUCCUUGAGCACCACUUUACAGAAGAGUCAGCUCAAGAUAAUCUAGCACAGGCGAGACUCAGCUGUGUGCUCGAGAACAAUUCGCCAAAACAGUCUGCUUUCCAAUCAAGCAUGCCUAUUAGAUUACUCUGCUCUGGUACCAGCAUGCAAACAUUCCUGGAAAGGACGGAUAUAGCCAGUUAA